UUGGUAGAAUAUUAAAAGGUGUAUUUCAAGCUCAUUCUGUGCUCAUUAGGAUUACUUACCUCCACAAGAGAGGACAAUUAUGUUGUUCUCUUUAUUUGGGCUCUGAAUCAGGAAAUCAUUUUAUAAAUACUAUCACAUGACUUAUUCCCUCCAUGAUUAAGAUUCCCUAAAUCAUACAAGCUAAUGUCAAAAUCAAGAUUCAAACUUUUCCAUACUAAAACUGUUCAAAGACUCCUUGCAAAAUACGCAUGUUAACUUAUACUUGGAAGUGCAAACAGUUUCACAGUCUCAAUGCAAUUAGUCUUAUUGUUCUUUGUUUCUGUUAUUACCUUAUUAUGUUCAUAAAAAUGGAUAAAUGGCACAGAAACAGGCAGAUUGUGACUUCGGGAUUCAUUCAUGCGUGUGUUAAGAAGGAGCAGCUUGAACAUUACAAAUGCAGUGGUGGGUUUUGAAGAGCUCUAGCAGCAAUAGAAAUCUAUUUGAUGUUCGACAAGCAAACCACUUGGGUGGUACCAUCAUAGAUAGUGAAAUAUUCACAAAGUAUCAUGGGAAUAGGUGCCUUACUGCAUCAGGGGCAAAGACUGUUAUGAUUAAUGUAGUCAGGGGACUAAUUCCAUUGCAUCUAUAGAUUAAAAAUAUCACUCAGUAUAGCUAUGAGAGCAAAAGCUAGAGAGGUGGUUGUGUGUAUAUAUGUAUCUGUAUAAUGGUUUCAUUGGGCUAAUUUUUGGGCCUAAUUUCCUUCCCUUUCUUCUACAUGGGGAAAAGUUGGAAGUAAAGUAUUCCCAGACAUACUCAACUGGUUAAAGAACAAAUGAAUAGCUUUUUAAAACAAUUUAAAAUGUAAUAUAAGUUAGAAAAUCAAGCAAGAAGUAAUCCAAUGCAUUGGAUUAAUGUUUAGUAUGAAUAUUAACAUAACAUUCUUAAAAUACACCACAGUGGAGUAAGACCACCAGGACAGCUAAAAUCCAUUUUGAAAAACUCUAACCGGCAUAAUUCAGAAGCUGGUAAGAGACUUACAGGAACAUCACCAUGGUGUGUGAAUGUGGAUAAUGUCAGCUCUACCUCCUCUGUGAAGGGAGAAUCGGGAAGUAAAUUCCAUAUAAUACCUAAGAAGAUCCAGAACAUUUUUAGAAAAUCUGGAGUUUAUGUGUGUUCUCGAGGAGAGCCAGUACCUGAUGUAUGGAAAGCAAAAAAAUCCAUAAUGGAUGAAAAAUAUAAAACAGAUAAUUUCUAUGCGGUGUCUUCUGAGCAUAGAAAUUCUAUUCCUAAGGCUACUGCUGAUCGUGAAGCUUCCACCUCUACUGCUGACAGCCUGGAUGCUGCCGAGCCUGACCCAACAAAUUCUACAAAUGCUACUGACUGUCUGGCUGCUCUUGAGCAUGAGCUGACUAAUUCCAACAACACUGCUGACUGUCUGGCUGACCUUGAGCCUGAUCCGACGAUUUCUACCAAUGCCGCUGACUUUCAGGCUGCUGUUGCACCAGAGCCAACUAUGUCCACCCACCCUGCUGACUGUCUGCCUGAUGUGGAACCAGAGCCAACUAUGUCCACCCACCCUGCUGACACUCUGGCUGCUCUUGAGCCUGAGCUGACUACUUUCAACAACACUGCUGACUGUCUGGCUGACCUUGAGCCUGAGCCAAACAUGUCCACCCACCCUGCUGACAGUCUGCCUGAUGUGGAACCAGAGCCAACUAUGUCCACCCACCCUGCUGACACUCUGGCUGCUCUUGAGCCUGAGCUGACCAAUUUCAACAACACUGCUGACUGUCUGGCUGACCUUGAGCCUGAUCCGACUAUUUCUACCAAUGCCGCUGACUUUCAGGCUGCUGUUGCACCAGAGCCAACUAUGUCCACCUACCCUGCUGACUGUCUGCCAGAUGUGGAACCAGAGCCAACUAUGUCCACCCACCCUGCUGACACUCUGGCUGAUCUUGAGCCUGAGCUGACUAAUUCCAACAACACUGCUGACUGUCUGGCUGACCUUGAGCCUGAUCCGACGAUUUCUACCAAUGCCGCUGACUUUCAGGCUGCUGUUGCACCAGAGCCUGCUAUGUCCACCUACCCUGCUGACUGUCUGCCAGAUGUGGAACCAGAGCCAACUAUGUCCACCCACCCUGCUGACACUCUGGCUGCUCUUGAGCCUGAGCUGACUAAUUCCAACAACACUGCUGACUGUCUGGCUGACCUUGAGCCUGAUCCGACGAUUUCUACCAAUGCCGCUGACUUUCAGGCUGCUGUUGCACCAGAGCCAACUAUGUCCACCCACCCUGCUGACUGUCUGCCUGAUGUGGAACCAGAGCCAACUAUGUCCACCCACCCUGCUGACACUCUGGCUGCUCUUGAGCCUGAGCUGACUACUUUCAACAACACUGCUGACUGUCUGGCUGACCUUGAGCCUGAGCCAAACAUGUCCACCCACCCUGCUGACAGUCUGCCUGAUGUGGAACCAGAGCCAACUAUGUCCACCCACCCUGCUGACACUCUGGCUGCUCUUGAGCCUGAGCUGACCAAUUUCAACAACACUGCUGACUGUCUGGCUGACCUUGAGCCUGAUCCGACUAUUUCUACCAAUGCCGCUGACUUUCAGGCUGCUGUUGCACCAGAGCCAACUAUGUCCACCCACCCUGCUGACUGUCUGCCUGAUGUGGAACCAGAGCCAACUAUGUCCACCCACCCUGCUGACACUCUGGCUGCUCUUGAGCCUGAGCUGACUAAUUCCAACAACACUGCUGACUGUCUGGCUGACCUUGAGCCUGAUCCGACGAUUUCUACCAAUGCCGCUGACUUUCAGGCUGCUGUUGCACCAGAGCCUGCUAUGUCCACCAACCCUGCUGACAGUAUGGCAGCUGUUGAGCCUGAGCCGACUAUGUCCACCCACCCUGCUGACAUUCUGACUGCUGAUGAGCCUGAACAUAAUAAUUCUACCAAAGCUGCUGACUGUCGGGCUGACCUUGAGCCUGAGCCAAACAUGUCCACCCACCCUGCUGACAGUCUGCCUGAUGUGGAACCAGAGCCAACUAUGUCCACCCACCCUGCUGACACUCUGGCUGCUCUUGAGCCUGAGCUGACCAAUUUCAACAACACUGCUGAAUGUCUGGCUGACCUUGAGCCUGAUCCGACUAUUUCUACCAAUGCCGCUGACUUUCAGGCUGCUGUUGCACCAGAGCCAACUAUGUCCACCCACCCUGCUGACUGUCUGCCUGAUAUGGAACCAGAGCCAACUAUGUCCACCCACCCUGCUGACACUCUGGCUGCUCUUGAGCCUGAGCUGACUAAUUCCAACAACACUGCUGACUGUCUGGCUGACCUUGAGCCUGAUCCGACGAUUUCUACCAAUGCCGCUGACUUUCAGGCUGCUGUUGCACCAGAGCCUGCUAUGUCCACCUACCCUGCUGACUGUCUGCCAGAUGUGGAACCAGAGCCAACUAUGUCCACCCACCCUGCUGACACUCUGGCUGCUCUUGAGCCUGAGCUGACUAAUUCCAACAACACUGCUGACUGUCUGGCUGACCUUGAGCCUGAUCCGACGAUUUCUACCAAUGCCGCUGACUUUCAGGCUGCUGUUGCACCAGAGCCUGCUAUGUCCACCAACCCUGCUGACAGUAUGGCAGCUGUUGAGCCUGAGCCGACUAUGUCCACCCACCCUGCUGACAUUCUGACUGCUGAUGAGCCUGAACAUAAUAAUUCUACCAAAGCUGCUGACUGUCUGGCUGACCUUGAGCCUGAGCCAAACAUGUCCACCCACCCUGCUGACAGUCUGCCUGAUGUGGAACCAGAGCCAACUAUGUCCACCCACCCUGCUGACACUCUGGCUGCUCUUGAGCCUGAGCUGACUAAUUUCAACAACACUGCUGACUGUCUGGCUGACCUUGAGCCUGAUCCGACUAUUUCUACCAAUGCCGCUGACUUUCAGACUGCUGUUGCACCAGAGCCAACUAUGUCCACCCACCCUGCUGACUGUCUGCCUGAUGUGGAACCAGAGCCAACUAUGUCCACCCACCCUGCUGACACUCUGGCUGCUCUUGAGCCUGAGCUGACUAAUUCCAACAACACUGCUGACUGUCUGGCUGACCUUGAGCCUGAUCCGACUAUUUCUACCAAUGCCGCUGACUGUCGGGCUGCUGUUGCACCAGAGCCCGCUAUGUCCACCAACCCUGCUGACAGUAUGGCAGCUGUUGAGCCUGAGCCGACUAUGUCCACCCACCCUGCUGACAUUCUGACUGCUGACGAGCCUGAACAUAAUACUUCUACCAAAGCUGCUGACUGUCGGGCUGACCUUGAGCCUGAGCGAAACAUGUCCACCCACCCUGCUGACAGUCUGCCUGAUGUGGAACCAGAGCCAACUAUGUCCACCCACCCUGCUGACACUCUGGCUGCUCUUGAGCCUGAGCUGACCAAUUUCAACAACACUGCUGACUGUCUGGCUGACCUUGAGCCUGAUCCGACUAUUUCUACCAAUGCCGCUGACUUUCAGGCUGCUGUUGCACCAGAGCCAACUAUGUCCACCUACCCUGCUGACUGUCUGCCAGAUGUGGAACCAGAGCCAACUAUGUCCACCCACCCUGCUGACACUCUGGCUGCUCUUGAGCCUGAGCUGACUAAUUUCAACAACACUGCUGACUGUCUGGCUGACCUUGAGCCUGAUCUGACUAUUUCUACCAAUGCCGCUGACUGUCGGGCUGCUGUUGCACCAGAGCCCGCUAUGUCCACCAACCCUGCUGACAGUAUGGCAGCUGUUGAGCCUGAGCCGACUAUGUCCACCCACCCUGCUGACAUUCUGACUGCUGACGAGCCUGCACAUAAUACUUCUACCAAAGGUGCUGACUGUCUGGCUGACCUUGAGCCUGAGCCAAACAUGUCCACCCACCCUGCUGACAGUCUGCCUGAUGUGGAACCAGAGCCAACUAUGUCCAAUCACCCUGCUGACACACUGGCUGCUCUUGAGCCUGAGUCGACUAAAUCCUCCAAUGCUGCUGACUGUCUGGCCUAUGUUGAGCCAGAGCCAGCUAUGUCCACCCACCAUGCCGACAGUCUGGCUGCUCUUGAGCAUGAGCUGUCUCAUGCCAACAAAGAUGCUGACUGUCUGGCUUCUCUCAAGGCUGAGCUGAUUAAUUCCACCAAUGCUACUGAUUGUCUGGCUUCUGUUGGGACUGAGACAACCAUGUCCACCCAGCCUACUGACAAUUUGGCAGCUGUUGAGCCUGAACAUAAUUCCACCAAUACUGCUGACGGUAAGGACUCUGUUGAACAAGAGCCAUCUAAGCCCACCUACCGUGCCGACAGCCUGGCUGCUCUUGAGCAUGAGCUGACUAAUUCCAACAACACUGCUGACUGUCUGGCUUCUCAGAAGGCUGAGUCAAUUGAUUCUACCAAUGCUACUGAUUGUUUGGCUUCUGUUGGGACUGAGACAACUAUGUCCACCCACCCGGCUGACAAUAUGGCUACUGAUGAGCUUGAGGCUACACAUUCCACCAAUGCUGCUUACUUUCUGGCGGCUCUUGAGCCCCAGUCGACUAAUUCCUCCAAUGCUGCUGAUAUUCUGGCUUCUGUUGGGUCUGAGACAACCAUGUCUACCCACCUUGCUGAUAUUCCUAUUGCUCAUGAGCCUGACUAUAAUGAUUCUACCAAUGCUGCUGACAGUCUGGACUCCGUUGAGCCAGAGCCAGCUAUGUCCACCCACCGUGCCGACAGUCUGGCUGCUCUUGAGCAUGAGCUGUCUCAUGCCAACAAAGCUGCUGACUGUCUGGCUUCUCUCAAGGCUGAGCCAACCAUGUCCACCCAGCCUGCUGACAGUUCGGCAGCUGUUGAGCCUGAGCCUACAAUUUCCACCAGAGCUGCUGAUUUUCUGGCUACUGUUCUGCCAGAGCUAACUAGGUCAAACCACCCUGCUGACUGUCUGGACUCUGUUCAGCCUGAGUCAUCUAUGUCCACACACCCUGCUGAUAAUAUGGCUACUGAUGAGCUUGAGCCUACAAAUUCGACCAACGCUGCUAACUGUCUGGCUGCUCUUGAGCCUGAGUCGACUAAAUCCUCCAAUGCUGCUGACUGUCUGGCCUAUGUUGAGCCAGAGCCAGGUAUGUCCACCCACCGUGCCGACAGUCUGGCUGCUCUUGAGCAUGAGCUGUCUCAUGCCAACAAAGAUGCUGACUGCCUGCCUUCUCUCAAGACUGAGCUGAUUAAUUCCAUCAAUGCUACUGAUUGUCUGGCUUCUUUUGGGACUGAGACAACCAUGUCCACCCAGCCUACUGACAGUGUGGCAGCUGUUGAGCCUGAACAUAAUAGUUCCACCAAUGCUGCUGAUGGUCUGGGCUCUGUUGAACAAGAGCCAGCUAAUCCCACCCACCGUUCCAACAGUCUGGCUGCUCUUGAGCAUGAGCUGACUAAUUCCAACAACACUGCUGACUGUCUGGCUUCUCAGAAGGCUGAGUCAAUUGAUUCUACCAAUGCUACUGAUUGUUUGGCUUCUGUUGGGACUGAGACAACUAUGUCCACCCACCCUGCUGACAAUAUGGCUAUGGAUGAGCUUGAGCCUACACAUUCCACCAAUGCUGCUUACUUUCUGGCCGCUCUUGAGCCCCAGUCGACUAAUUCCUCCAAUACUGCUGAUAUUCUGGCUUCUGUUGGGUCUGAGACAACCAUGUCUACCCACCUUGCUGAUAUUCCUAUUGCUCAUGAGCAUGACUAUAAUGAUUCUACCAAUGCUGCUGACAGUCUGGACUCCGUUGAGCCAGAGCCAGCUAUGUCCACCCACCAUGCCGACAGUCUGGCUGCUCUUGAGCAUGAGCUGUCUCAUGCCAACAAAGCUGCUGACUGUCUGGCUUCUCUCAAGGCUGAGCCAACCAUGUCCACCCAGCCUGCUGACAGUUCGGCAGCUGUUGAGCCUGAGCCUACAAUUUCCACCAGAGCUGCUGAUUUUCUGGCUACUGUUCUGCCAGAGCUAACUAGGUCAAACCACCCUGCUGACUGUCUGGACUCUGUUCAGCCUGAGUCAUCUAUGUCCACACACCCUGCUGAUAAUAUGGCUACUGAUGAGCUUGAGCCUACAAAUUCGACCAACGCUGCUUACUGUCUGGCUGCUCUUGAGCCUAAGUCGACUAAAUCCUCCAAUUCUGCUGACUGUCUGGCCUAUGUUGAGCCAGAGCCAGGUAUGUCCACCCACCGUGCCGACAGUCUGGCUGCUCUUGAGCAUGAGCUGUCUCAUGUCAACAAAGAUGCUGACUGUCUGGCUUCUCUCAAGGCUGAGCUGAUUAAUUCCAUCAAUGCUACUGAUUGUCUGGCUUCUGUUGGGACUGAGACAACCAUGUCCACCCAGCCUACUGACAGUUUGGCAGCUGUUGAGCCUGAACAUAAUUCCACCAAUGCUGCUGACGGUCUGGACUCUGUUGAACAAGAGCCAGCUAAGCCCACCCACCGUGCCGACAGUCUGGCUGCUCUUGAGCAUGAGCUGACUAAUUCCAACAACACUGCUGACUGUCUGGCUUCUCAGAAGGCUGAGUCAAUUGAUUCUACCAAUGCUUCUGAUUGUUUGGCUUCUGUUGGGACUGAGACAACUAUGUCCACCCACCCUGCUGACAAUAUGGCUACUGAUGAGCUUGAGCCUACACAUUCCACCAAUGCUGCUUACUGUCUGGCUGCUCUUGAGCCUGAGUCGACUAAAUCCUCCAGUGCUGCUGACUGCCUGGCCUAUGUUGAGCCAGAGCCAGCUAUGUCCACCCACCGUGCCGACAGUCUGGCUGCUCUUGAGCAUGAGCUGUCUCAUGCCAACAAAGAUGCUGGCUGUCUGGCUUCUCUCCAGGCUGAGCUGAUUAAUUCCACCAAUGCUACUGAUUGUCUGGCUUCUGUUGGGACUGAGACAACCAUGUCCACCCAGCCUGCUGACAGUUUGGCAGCUGUUGAGCCUGAACAUAAUAAUUCUACCAAUGCUGCUGACGGUCUGGACUCUAUUGAACAAGAGCCAGCUAUGCCCACCCCCCGUUCCGACAGUCUGGCUGCUCUUGAGCAUGAGCUGUCUCAUGCCAAUAAAGCUGCUGACUGUCUGGCUUCUCUCAAGGCUGAGCCAACCAUGUCCACCCAGCCUGCUGACACUUUGGCAUCUGUUGAGCCUGAGCCUACUUUUUCCACCAAAGCUGCUGAUUGUCUGGCUACUGUUCAGCCUGAGCUAACUAGGUCAAACCACCCUGCUGACUGUCUGGAUUCUGUUCAGCCUGAGUCAUCUAUGUCCCCACACCCUGCUGACAGUUUGGUAGCUAUUGAGCCUGAACUGACUAAUUCCACCAAAGCUGCUGACUGUCUGGACUCUGCUGAGCCAGAGCCAACUAUGGCCACCCACCAUGCUGACAUUCUGACUGCUGUUGAGCCUGAACAUACUAAUUGCUCCAGUACUGCUGACUGUCUGCCUGCUGUUCAGCCUGAGUCCAGUAUGUCCACCCACCCUGCUGACAGUAUGGCUGCUAUUGAUGCUGAGCCUACAGAUCCUGCCAUUGUUGCUGACUGUCUGGCUGCUCUUGAACCUCGGCUGUCUGUUACAUGUGCUGCUGACAGUAGUGUGUUAGUUGAGAGUCAUGACUCAGGACCAGCUAGUCACAUUGGAUUGGAUUAUGUAGUUGAUUUACCUCUUUACAAGGAGAGUACAAGUGAAGAAGAAAUAUUUGAUUCUGCUACUUCAGAUGAGGAAUCUUCUUUUACUCCUGACGUAGAAGAAGGUCUGCCUGCUACUCAGGGUGCUGAGGAUAUUUUUCAUGCUUCCGCACGAGCUGAACCAAUAAACCACAGCUUGAUCCUUCUCAGGGAGAGUGGAUAUCUUCGGGCAACAGAGAUACCACGCAUACCUUUUUUGCUCUUCAUAUGGCUUAUAUCCUCACUCUUAUCCAUCAUAACAUGGAUGAAAAUCCAAAUUCAACAAGCAUGGCAUGAAGAAAAUGGCCAAGGAGCUCCCACUAAGAAGAGAGUCGGACCAGGUAAGUUAAACUAAAAUAGUAGCUUAAAAUAGAUUAAGAUUGUUUUACUAGAAACCUAGGUCUCUUUUGUUAAUAAAUUUCAUACUUCUAUAGGGCUAUUUACGCAUAACCUAGAACCUGAAAACUUUAUUUUUUCUCAAUUUAUAGAAAAUAAUUUUCAUAAUGUAACAAAUCCAGUUUAGAGAAAUACAACUGACCAGGUAAUAUUUUUUCCUACUUGGAUGUUUCCUAUUCUAGAAUGAGGAGAUUAUUGUCACUUCCAGUGAAAACAUGUGUUUCCUGAAUGACUAAGCCGGGAAAACUUCCUGUUAAAUGUUAUUGUCUAUUUAUCGCUGUCAUUCUGAACUCUGACUUCUGAAGUUAGCAUAGCCUUUGACCGCAACAUUCCAAAAGAAGCAACUUCUGAGAUUAAAAAUAACAAGAGAAGCAUCCACCUUCUCACUGUUUCUCUCUACAUUGAUAUGUCUACAUUGAUAUCUACAUGAUAAUGACACUGAUGUUGUUGAUGCUGGGCAUGACAAUAUCACCAGAGAUGUGCCUGAUGAUACUGUUAAUAAUUCUUCUUUUUCUUCUAGUGGCUGCGGCUCCUGAUCCCUAGACCCUUGAUGCUCCUCCAGGAUCGAUUGGAAUAUCAAAACACAGUCUGUGUGGGAGAAUUGAUCAUAUAUAUAAAUUUUAAAAUAAAAUGUUCAGUCUGAUUGUAGACUGAAGUAA